AUGUUCCAUCAGAGCUCGGUCCUCGGGCUCACCGCAUUCGUUGCGGGUGUGCUAUCUGCUGCCGUUGACGAUGGAUGCAAUGCGUUAGCUUCUCAGCACCCUGAGAAGACAUUCUUUCCCGACUCGGCCCGAUACAAGCAUGAGAAUGAAUUGUCCUGGACCUCGAUCACUCAUCUUGGGCCGUCUUGUGUCUUCGCACCGCAGUCUCCGGCGGACGUACAGUUCGCCGUUGCUACGUUCAAGGAGCACCAGGUCCAAUUUGGUAUUCGCAGCGGAGGUGCCAUGCCUAUCGACAACGCUGCCAAUAUCGGUCCGGAGGGUAUUCUGAUGGCUAUGACGAACCUGAGCACCAUGGCUAUCUCUGAUGACCGCCAGACUGUCACCAUUGGAUCGGGAAUUACUUGGCCCCCUCUGUACGCCUAUCUGGAUCAGUUCAACGUCUCCGCCAACGGCAUUCGCUCCGGUAAUGGUGGAGUCAUUGGCGCAAUCCUCGGAGGUGGCCCGUUUGGUUUCAUGUCCUACGAAUUCGGAAUGGCGAACGUCGCUAGGUCUCUGGAUUGCGUUCUUGCGGAUGGAACUCUGGUUACGGCCAGCGCCGACGAAAAUGCCGACCUCUUCUGGGCUCUUAUCGGAGGCGGCAACAACUACUGCGUUGUCACCGGGGCUGUUCUCAACACCCUCCCUGUCUCGUCGGCCCUGAUCGGAACGGUCUCAUGGGGACCCGGUGUCUCGGAGCAAUACAUCAAGAGUGUUGAGCAGUUUGCGCUCCACGGCGCGGAACACCCCAAGGCUUCCUUCGAGGGUCAGACUCGUUGGGUGCCAUCCCGCAGCAGCGAGAUCUCAUUCGACGGAUAUCUGUGGUACAGCGGCGAGGGCGACGUUCCUUUGGGAUUGGAGAACUUCACCGCACCCGUCCUACCGAUCAAGACCGGCAACAUGACGCGCACGACCAUCGGCGAGUGGUCGAACCGAUUCAACUACGCUCCUCCUCUCGGCACACGCGCGACCUUCCACUGGCUCACCAGCAAGGCCGAUGCCAGAGCCGCGAGAAUCGCUUUUGACACGUACUACGAGUCAAUCGCAUCUCUGGCUGACGUCGAGGGUUUCUCAACCGCCUUCAGCAUGCUUCCGAUCACCCCCAUCGUUGUUUCGGCGCCUGAGAACGCUAUGGCCUUGGGCGCGGACGACGGCCCUGCGAUCUGGUAUGUUGAGAGCCCUCUGUGGACAAACCCCGCAGACGACGAGCGCGUGUUUGGUGUCCACGCCGAAGCCAACGUCAAGAUUCGCGAGAGACUUACCGAGGCUGGGCUUGGACCUCUCCCGUUCAUGUACCUCAGCGACAUUCAGAAGACCCAGAUCCCUGAGACUUUCCCGGCUUACGGAGCUGAGAACCUGAAGAAGCUCAAGGAAAUCAGGGACAAGUACGAUCCUGAGCGCGUGUUCACUGAAUUGGUACCUGGAGGUGCGAAGGUCGCCUUGUCUUGA